CUCCUCCUCCUCCAGGCGCGGGGCUCGUGCCCGCUGCUGCCUGCGCGCAACGCGCCUCCGCGCCCCCACCCGGGCUCCUGCGAUCGCUACUCCCUCCUCCUCUUCCUCCUCCUCCUCCUCCGCCCAUCACCGCCACUACGGACGCCUUCGCCGCCUACUCCUCGCGCGGCCACGACUCCUCAAGCUCUCUGCUCCAGCUUCCACCAGCCCCAUCCAUUCGCUGCCUGCUCUUUAGGCUGCUGCAGUCUCUCUCUCUCUCUCUCUCUCUCUCUCUCUCUCUCUCUCUCUCUCCUCUCCCUCUCUCAAGUUUUCUGUGGAGACAGAUUCAGAGCCACUGGAGGAAAACAUCUACUUCUGCUGGCUGUUCAGCUUUGGCAACAAGGAAGAUGAAGACAAAAUUGAGCACCUGCAACAUAUGGUCUCUGCUGCUUGUUGUCCUGGUGUGGGACCCAGUCAGGUUGGUGCUGGCUAACAUCCAAGAAGAUGAGGCUAAAAAUAACAUCACCAUCUUUACAAGAAUUCUAGACAGACUUCUGGAUGGUUAUGAUAAUCGGCUUAGACCAGGCCUGGGAGACAGUAUUACUGAAGUCUUCACUAACAUUUAUGUGACCAGUUUUGGCCCUGUCUCAGAUACAGAUAUGGAGUAUACAAUAGAUGUUUUCUUUCGGCAAAAAUGGAAAGAUGAACGUUUGAAAUUUAAAGGUCCUAUGAAUAUCCUCCGACUUAACAAUUUAAUGGCCAGCAAAAUAUGGACUCCGGAUACCUUCUUUCACAAUGGGAAAAAGUCAGUGGCUCAUAACAUGACGAUGCCAAACAAGCUGCUUCGAAUCCAGGAUGAUGGAACUUUGCUAUAUACCAUGAGGCUUACAGUCCAAGCCGAAUGUCCAAUGCACUUGGAGGAUUUUCCGAUGGACGCUCACUCAUGCCCACUGAAAUUUGGAAGCUACGCUUACACAACCUCGGAAGUCACAUAUAUUUGGACUUACAAUGCUUCUGACUCCGUCCAGGUUGCUCCUGAUGGCUCCAGGUUAAAUCAGUAUGAUUUGCUGGGACAGUCUAUUGGGAAAGAGACAAUUAAAUCCAGUACAGGUGAAUAUACUGUAAUGACAGCUCAUUUCCACUUGAAAAGAAAAAUUGGGUAUUUUGUGAUUCAGACCUAUCUGCCUUGCAUCAUGACUGUCAUUCUCUCCCAAGUGUCAUUCUGGCUGAACAGAGAAUCGGUGCCAGCGAGAACGGUGUUUGGAGUAACAACUGUUCUAACAAUGACAACAUUAAGCAUCAGUGCUCGAAAUUCCCUUCCCAAAGUGGCCUAUGCCACUGCCAUGGACUGGUUCAUUGCUGUUUGUUAUGCAUUUGUGUUCUCUGCCCUAAUUGAAUUUGCUACCGUUAAUUACUUCACGAAAAGAGGAUGGGCUUGGGACGGGAAGAGUGUAGUGAAUGACAAGAAAAAAGAGAAAGGUUCCGUCAUGAUACAGAACAACGCCUAUGCGGUAGCUGUUGCCAACUACGCCCCGAAUCUUUCCAAAGAUCCUGUCCUCUCUACCAUUUCCAAAAGUGCAACGACGCCAGAACCGAACAAGAAGCCAGAGAACAAGCCAGCUGAAGCCAAGAAAACCUUCAACAGUGUCAGCAAAAUCGACAGAAUGUCUAGAAUAGUGUUCCCAGUUCUGUUUGGUACUUUUAAUUUAGUUUAUUGGGCAACCUAUUUAAACCGGGAACCUGUAUUAGGGGUCAGUCCAUGAAUCUAGACAUUGGUUACUUUUGGGCUGUAUAGCAAUGUUACACUUGGUUCUUGUUUUUGUUUUUGCUUUGUACAGUCUGACUAAUAACUGCUAAUUUAUGACCCACCAUGUAUAGUAUGUAUAUAAUGGUAGAGCUUACCAGUAGACCGCUAAAGGAGACCUGCAUUUGCUAACUCACGGAAAUACAGGCAGAAAACAUCCCGUGCCAAAAGAGCCAUUGCCUUUUUAACACAUUUUACCUAGGAACUAGUUUAAAGUGGGUUUCAGAUCCCAUAAUUUAUUUCUUAAUGUUCUAAUUAUGAUGAAAGUUGGGAUCCUGUGUCACACUUUGGGAAACCUUUGAUUUAGAUAUUACAUAGAAAAAAUAUUUCUACUGUUGCCUAACGAUGAUCAGAGAUUAAUAUCGCCACUCAAAUAUAUGAGACAGUUAAACCUCUGGCCUGGUUGCUUUAGGAGUGCUUAGAACCCCGGCUAGCGUAAUUGGAAGCUUGACACAUACAAGGAGAAAGCUAGAGAUGUGAAGACAGUGUUUAAUUACUAUGUAGCAUAUCUAUAGCCAUGUACAUAUUACAAGCAUGACAAGCUCAAAUAACUAUGAGUCACCAUGACAGGAUGUUAAUUACAUUUAAAUUUAAUAACUACUGGAAUGUCACAGUCAUUCUAUUUUUAGCUUCAGAGUUUAUUUGAAAGUAGUAACUGAACCUUUUGGCUCACUUCAAUCAUUGGAAACUACCUAACAUUAAUAAAUAAACAAACAAACAAACAAACAAAUAAAUAAAUAAAGGAGGAGGAGAAGAUAUAUGGACUUAGACUUUCCAGGUAUGUGUUGUCAGCUGAACUUCUCUGGUGCUGGAGAAAGGAAGAAAGCAGCUCUCUUGGCUGCAAUGGGGUGCAAUGGAGUUCACUCACAUCAGAUUAGAAAGCUGUGCCAAAAACUCCAAGCAAUGAGAAUUCAUAGGUGUCCCAGGUACAGAGGAGCACUUAUAAGAUUCUCUUCUUUCCUGUUUACUGCAAACUCUGCCUUAAGGCUUCUUCUCAUCAGGGCUCAGAAGCCGCUAAUUUUAAAGGAAAGGACAGUUAGUUGGCACAUUUUUCUGUCUGGAAAGCAUUAACGUAAAUCUGCUUUUGUAAAUCGCAACUUUAAAUUUCAUUGACUCAAAUUUACAGCAGCUUUGUAUACCAGAAGAGGUUUUGGUAAGAGUUGAACAUUUUUAAACAACGACUUUAGGACAUUAUCAACAGAUUGUGGAUUAUGUCACACACACACACACACACACACACACACACACACACACACACCAUGUA